AUGUCUAAUUAUACAAAAAACAAGAAACCAGACAGAGAUUUCUAUCGCCAUCCGCGAUAUAGAAAGAUUGAUGAAGGUGAUGGAAAUUUUCAUGACUGUGGGAACUAUCGAAAUGACACAGUUACUUCAACACAAUCACGCGGUUACUCUAAAGAUAGAAAUGCUGCAUUUAGUUCUAGCUACUACUAUAGAAAAACUGAUGAUGGCAGAAACAAGUACAAGCGCUAUGAUCAGCAAGGAGGUGCACAUCGUUCGGUUACUGGAAGAUACGCCCCGGAAUCAAGGUCGGAUCCCAAUGAUAUCUGCACAAGUCCUGCGACCAAACCGACAGUUCAUUGUAGUGAAGCUGCGACUGUUCCAUGCAAUAUUUAUUCCAAAUCCCAGCAGAUGAUUCCCACUUCAGGUGCGGGUUUUCAAGAUGCAAGUUCGUCAAGCAACUGUAUGAUAGAUAAAACGAAAUCAGGAGAUACACUGGAAAAGCAUGGUGGACUAAUUCAUUUGCCAAAAGAUGUGGAUAUUUUUCAGCAAAAAGUGGAGCCUGUUAGUACUCAAAGCUCAAGAAGUUUUCGACGUGAUCCUGUUCGUCCUGAAUCCUCUAAACCAGUCGUUAUUGUUCGUCCUAGUUUCUCCAAUACACCCCACCAUACAAAAGCUAACAAUACUCAGUUGGAUUUAGAUGGCAGUUCUGAACCAGCCUAUUUGACUCAGUGUAAACUAAAGUCAAACAGUGAUAACGGUCCACAUAAUUUUACACAACGUUCUUCCACUGUUUUACCGGUUCCAUGGACAGAUGCCGCCAAAGCUGCUUUUCACCAAUUUUUUAAAAGCCAAACAGAACUUAGUUCAUCAGCAUCCCUCAUCAAUGAAAAAAUGUUCUCAACAUAUCCAACUGUUAAUCAGCCUAAUUGUUUAUCCUCAGGACCAGCGGUGAUUCAGCCUCCAAAUGAAAUUAUUGCAUCUACUGUGCAACAGAUAGUUCAACUUGAUGCCACUUUAUCAGCUCUUCUUAUUCCACCUGGAUUGUGUGCUCAAGCAAUGGUUCUGUUUGAACCACUUCAAACAGAUCCCGAACUUGGCAGAGAGUGGAAUGAGUCUGAAGCAUUAUUUCUACGUUGGUGGGGUACAGUAAAAAGGCUUCGUGAAAGAUUAUUUGUACUUUUUGAAAGUGUUAUACUUUCAGACUUAGAUUUUUGUAAUGCAGCACAUGUUGAACAAGGUAUGUGGAAGUCUGUAUUUUACACUGUAUUGGAGUCACUUCGUUCAUGGAUUGAAAAUCCACAGUCUACUCAGUUAAUUCCAAAGUUAGAUAAGGAUCCUGAAACCACAAAACUUCUUGAAAAUCAGUUGAUUGAUCUUAUCCAAAAAACUUGUCUUUUUGAAGUGAUCGAUUCAGGAUCGAAUCAAUUAACCUCUUUAUUAGAACGUAUACAAAAUUGCCAUCAUAUCCAACUUGGUCCAUUACUAUCAGAUGGUAGACCACCACCAGAAACUAAAUCCCGUACUCGUCGGCUACUAUAUUUGAGUGCACAAAAAUUGAUGCUUUUCCUUGGUGAUUUAGCACGUUAUCGAGAAACUUUAGUUGGUGAAAGAAAUUUUGGCAAAGCACGAAACUGUAUCAAAAAGCUCAGUUCUGUUUUAGCUUUGUAUACUUCUAGGCAUCUGGAUGCAAUGUUCUACUAUAUGCGUACUCUUGCUGCAAGUAAUCCAUUUGCUACGGCAUCACAAAGUUUAGCUGCUUUAUUCAAUGAAAUACGACCACGUGCUCAAAAUAUGAUCGUACAGCUUCAUAAACCGAAAACUGAAUCAGUUCAACCACACUGUUCUGGAUUCACUUCUUGUAAUUCAUCACGAUUUCAACGUGUUGAAAUAUGGAUUCAUCCAAUUGAUGGUCAGACAAGUGUAAUUCAAGGUGGUCGACGUUUAACUCAUUUAACGUAUAAAUCUAUUGUCGAUAGCAAUAAUAAUAAUAAAGGGAAAUUUGGGCAAAAGUCAAAUCCACCCACUGUUGAACCUGAUGCUGAUAAUGAGGAUGAAGAUGACGAUGAAGAAGCUCAAGCUGAAGCAGAGGAAUAUGCAAAUAUUUCCUUGAUUGAGCUAAGUAAACAAUUUGGUUUGGCAUUUAUACACGCUCAUGGAAAAUUAUAUACAAAAAUAGGCAUGGAAACAUUCCCUGAAGUUGCUUCAUUAACCUUACAAGCACUGUCUGGUUUAUUAGCUCAAAAGCCAUGUCCAUUAUCAGCUGAACGCUUAUGCCAACUACUAGUGGUGAACAUGUUCAAUGUGGAUCGAGCUGCAUCUAUGACAAGUCAGACGAGUGGUUUAACUAAUAAUUCUUUAAAGAAUAAUAUACCCAAUGAAUCAAAAAGGCGAAAUUCACAUGCUGAAAUGGAUAGUUUUGUCCCAUAUUCACGUCUCACAGAAACUGAAACACUACGUUCUGUUCAUCAUGAUCAUGCUGCACGUUUUGCUUUGGAUACAUUCAGUUUGAUAUGUAGACGAGCAGCUCAAUUACUUCAAGAGACUCCUCCAGUGAAUGCUGGUCCAGGUUGGCUUCUACCAGAUGCACGUAUUCUUCUAUCUGCACUUUGCUUGUGGACUGAAUGGAUGAUUUUACAUCCAGAACAUUGGCUACCACCACCAAAUCAUCGUGAUCCAACACUUCGACCACAUUUAGACGAUUGGCAACUUGUUGCUAAAUUAUGCACUCAAGCAGCUGUAUGGCUUUCACGUUCUUCUGCUAAACCGAAAUAUGAAGAAAUUACGCCAACAACAUCAUUGGUACUUCGAUUAAAAGGUGAAAUCAACUCUGAUGAAAGACUGGAUGAUGAUUUAGACAAAUUGAAUUCAUUUCAGUCUUUCCAAGAUGAUGAUUUAUUUAAAGCUACUUUUCUUGCUGAAGAAGUAUUUGUUGCCGGUUUUAAACCUAUGCUUGAUUUAACGCCCAAGAUGUAUCAUUACACUGGAGAUUGGGAUCCAGAAACAGUUGCUGACUUUGUUCGAAUCGAGAAAUUAGUGUUAUUUGGUGAUUAUUUGUGUGGAAUUGAAACACCAGUUCUGAACUACAAUAUUGAUCAAGGUGUAUAUGAAUCCAUUGUACAACGGGAAUCAUCUGAACGAGUUCAGGAUAAGCGUGGAGAUGUUAAGAAUCAAUUAAAUGCUUCAGAUUCAACUUAUCAAAAUGAUGAUGGAUCUUAUAUGGAUACAGUGUCUACGUUGAAUAACAAUAAAAAUGAUAGAUCAGAGGAUCAUACAACAGAAUCCACCUCUUGUUUGGGUGAUGAUAUCGCAGCACUACAACGACAGAGAGCCUUCCUUCAAAAACAGAUAGAUGAAGAAGCUCGUUUAACCACAUGGCGCCGUAAUGCUAUUCGGCAAGCAGCCUCCGGUGGACAGAGAGCGGUAGAAAUUGAAGUUAGACCAAUUUAUUUACUACCGGAUACCAAUUGUUAUAUUGAUUGGUUAGAAGGUAUUGCAACACUAGCUCAAAGAUCAUCAAAUUAUACUGUAUUAGUUCCUAUCGUGGUUGUCAAUGAAUUAGAUACUUUAAGUCGUUAUGGUAGCAGCAGCUCUGGUGGUGGUGGUGUUGAUCGACCCUAUGAUUCAGUCGGUGGUGAAGUGACACGUGCUGGACUAAUUCAAGAGCGUGCAAAACUUGCUAUCGCAUACUUAGAACAUGAAUUUGAACAUAGAAAUUCACGUUUACGAGCAUUGACUGCACGUGGUAGCCUAAUGGAGACAAUUGCUUACAGGAAUGAAAUCAAUGGAGGCAGAGCACCUGGUCAAAUUAAUGAUGACGUCAUUUUAACCUGUUGUCAACAUUUUUGUAAAGAAGACUCAGAUCGAUUUCAAUCACGGAAUCUUCCUCGAGGUAUAGACCUAUCCCUUCAAGCAGAUCAAAAUAAUCAACCGGUACGACUUGUUCGUGAAGUGGUUCUGCUUACUUCUGAUCGUAAUUUACGCCUAAAGGCACUGAAUGUCAAUAUACCUGCACGACCGUUAAGAACAUUUGUCAACUGGUCUCGUUUACCUUUGGCUACAAUAAAUCCCACCAGUAUGCUAUCAGAUACAGUGAAUUCAACAGACAAUAAUAGAACAACACCUGCAGACUUUCCAAGACCUCAACCACGUGGACAAUGGAAGCAACCAUUAAAAUAUUAA